AUGUGCGACUGCCUGUCCUCGCAGCCUAAAGAUGCCGGCGCCUUGCUGGAAGAGGCGAAGACGAUGACGAUGCACGGCAUUGGGGGUGAUGGGCCCGCCUGGCGUCAGAGCUGUCCCACUUCGCCCCAAUGGCUUCUGGCUCCAGCCACCAUGCGCGGCUCGCUCUCCAAAGACUCGGUGCGAGAUGUUGGCACGUUCCAGCGGAUCUCGGCGGCGGUGAAAGACAUCCAGGGCGAGCUGGAUGGCAUCAUCGAGAAGUCCGAGCGCGCCAAGAACUCGCUGCUGGAGCUGAGCGCAACGGAGGCCACCCCGGAAGAGGACGGCUCCCUGCACCCGGCGCUGCAGCAGCAUUUCAAUUUCCGCGGGGACUCGGUGACUGUGAGCCAAAGCUCCGGAAACCUCCGGCAGUAUCCCACCUACGCGCUGUACGGAGAGUGGGAGAAGCUGAGUCAUUUCGGGGACAAGCCCCUGAGCUACCUGCGGCAACCCGUGCAGAGCAUGCUAAGGCGUCAGGACACAAUCUCAGGACUGUCCAACUCCCUGGGCCUUGAGGCGGGGCAGCCGCGGAAGAAGGAAUGCCGCUGGUUCAUGCUGGACCCGACCUCUUACUCGCGCUUGGCCUGGUCGUUUUUAGGGCUCCUCUUUGUGCUCUUCGACGCCAUCUCCAUUCCGGUGAUUGUGAGCUGGGAUGUGGCGAACACCUGGCUCUCCGUGAUCUCCGUGGUGUGCAUGGUGUACUGGACCCUGGACAUGCUCAGCAGCACGCAGACGGGCUUCUACGAGUCCGGCGAGCUGAUUUUGUCCUCCAGCCGGGCCUUGCAACACUACCUGAAAGGAUGGUUCCUGUUUGACUGCACGCUGGUCACUCUGGACUGGGUGAUGCUGGCCCUUGACGACUCCGACGCGGAGACCGUCUUUGUGGGCCACCGCUUCGCGCGCGUGGUGCGCGUGGUCCGCACGCUACGGCUGGUGAGGCUCCUCAAGCUGAAUGUGCUGAUGCGGGUCCUUGAGGAUCAGCUCUCCUUGGGCUACACCCAGGCCGUCCAGCUCACCUCAGCAGUGAUCAAGUCCAUGCUCAUUAUCAUGUUCGCCGUGCAUGCCUUGGGCUGCACCUGGUACUACGUGGGCCGUGCGGAGGUGGAGUCAGCCAACGGCCCCAAUUGGCUCUCCUCCGCCAACAUGGUGCUCUCCAACAUGGAGGACCAGUAUCUGGCAAGCUGCCACUGGGUCCUCUGUCAGUUCACCCCUGCGCCGGUGAGCAUCCAUGCGCAGAAUAGCCGGGAGCGCGUGUACAACAUCCUGGUGAUCUUCUUCUCCUUGCUGGUCAUGGGCAGUGCCAUUUCCCGGGUCUCCGCGUCCAUCCAGGCGGCCAUCAAGAUGAACUCGGAGGCGCAAGACCGGAGGAGACAUGUGACCCAAUACCUCAAGCUCAACAAGGUGAGCCUGGGCUUGCAGAUCCGGGUCUUGCGCUUCGUGGACCACAACCUCUCGAAGCUCAGCGCCGUCCAGCUGGACGAGCGCCUCUUGUCUGACACGCUGAAGGACGAGCUGUACAUGGACCGGCGAGGUCCCUUGCUACGCCUGCAUCCCAUGUACGACUUUAUGUCCAAGAUCUCUCCCAAGGCCUUCACGAAGCUUUGUGGCAUGCUGAAGCUGGCCAUCUUCGAGGACAGGGAAGUGAUCUUCACACGCCUGACGCCGGCGCGGGGCAUGUACAUCACCGCUCCUGGCAGAUACAUACGGAAUGCCGGGCACAUGGAUCAGAAGAUCUCCUCGAAAAGCCACACUUUCUACGCCGAGAUCAGCUUGUUCGUGAAGGUGGAGCACCGCUUGACCCUGUCCAGUUUCCAGUUCAAUGACGUCUUCAUCCUGCCGUACCUUCAGCUGGCGGAUGGCGUUAAGGAGCUCCCAGAGUGCUGUGGCUUCGUGUACCAGUACGCCAAAGCCAUGCAACGACAGCUCAACGACGGGGAGGUGGCGGCCACUGAUAUGGUGCCUCUGGAGGUGGCCUCGCACUGCUGCCAGCAGACCGACGCCUACAAGAUCCUGAAUAUGUCAGAUGACAUGCUGCUGCACAAGUUUCAGGUGCCGCAGCAAACCCAAGACGUCUCAGUGUACCAGUGGUUGGACGCCUUCUUUGCGCGAAAGAGUGCGGAGAACCUGGCGAGCCGCUACAGCCUGGUGUCUGAGCUCUGCGGCUUUUUCCCCGAGCUGCUCCCGAACGGCACCUAUGAGAUCUUCUCAAACGAUGGUUCAGCCGCCCGUGCCGUCAGCAGCAUUUGCAGCUUGUUGUGGCUGGUAAAGGACGAGCACCACGAGUUCGUCCAGCCGCAGCGGACCGAGUCGCGCAUGGACCGCCAGACCUGGGAACGGCUCCAGGAGUUCGUGGCCUGGACGGAGGUGAAGUCCAGCUUGAAGUGGCUCUACGGGCUGUGCGUUCUCAUCGUGGUCAGCGGCCUCAGCGGUUCUAAGCAUCUCUCCUGGCAGUUCCCCGACUCUCACCAGGACCCGGACGAGGCUGUGCUGUACAUGCUCUUGGUGAUGCACAACGUGGCACCCUCUGUACGAGGGUUGGACCAGGACACCUUGGCGGUGGUGACAAAGGUUGCCAGGCUCCGCAAAGCCUUCGCCUUCGCGCAGUUUGUGCAGGGGGAGAACACGCCGCACAACAUCUACCUCCUGCAGCAAGCGCUGAAAGACGAGGAGCCCAUAGUCUUCAAGCUUUUCUUGCUCGCUGAGCUGGCGAUUCUCUUUGGCGUGGGCGCCUCUUGGGGCUGCACAGGCUCGCAUUUCUUGACGCAGAACAUGGCGCAGAUGGUGAUGCUGGGGCUCGGCGCCUUGAAGAACCUCCGGCCCGGCCCGGAGGUGUCACUGGAGAUCUACUGGGACUACCUGUGCUCCUGGGGCCGGCUCUUGCGGUUACCCGAAGUCGCGCCGCAGGACUUGGCCUUUGUGCGCCUGGCGCGGAUCUGCCGCAUCAACGCCCGCGGCAAGGAUUUGCAGCUGUUGUACAGCUGCUGGUCUAAGGUUCCGCCCUCCGACAAGGCCGUGCUCACGGACUUUUUCCUGGCGGACGGCAUCCGGCAUCACGCCAGCCUGCUGAGCUAUUUGCCUGCCUGCUUUGAGAACGCCCGGCAGAAUCCGGCGGUGGGUUUGCCUGCGAUGCUGGAGCUGCUGGUGGACUUGAUCGAGGUCACCUGGGUGCAGAUGUCUCAAGCUUCUGAGCUGCAGGUGGUGGUGAACUUGUACGACCUCGCCACUUUCACCUCGGUGGUGCGCUCCCGUGCCGUGUUCAGCGCCUGCCUGGAGCACGCGAAGAUCACCAAGGCCAACGCCGGGUUUCAGCUGUCGUUGACCAGCAAGAACUGGGCUCGGAGUGAUGAGCAUCAGGGCCACGAGCUGAGCCUGCCCAGCUCCUUGCGGAAACUCCUGCGGCGCAGCCGGGAGAACUCACAGGUCCAGGAAGAAGUACCACUCGCAGCGGAAGAGACGAUUGUGAGAGACUUCAUCUGAGCUGACGGCCUCCGCAAUCAUACGAAGACCUGGCGUUGUGAGGCUCACAUUCCGCGAUUUUUUAGUGUCAAGGGCCAAAGGCCCAGAUCGCAUGGCUUGCGAUCUUUUGUGCAGGACCUCAAGCCGCUCGUGAUAGGCGCCGUUUGAUGGCCUCCUUCACUUUUCUGCACCCAGCAUGCAAGCCUAGCCUACGCC